AUCUCAUCCACCAUCUACAACGCCCUCUUCCGACGAAACUACGUCUUUGUCGGAAGCGUUUUCGUCGGCGCUUUCGCUUUCGAGAUUCUCUUCGACCAGGCCACCGACAAAUUGUGGGACAACAUCAAUAAGGGUAGACAAUGGAAGGACAUCCGACACCGCUAUGUUGAGGAAGAAUAG